AUGUAUUUUCACUUGGUCGUGGUUUGGUCUCCAUCUCUCUAUACGGCCUGGAUGAGCUCCAGCUUGAAUGUCAGGAUAGAGUUCACUUACAAGAACCUGCUAUAUUUCUCCACCCAGAACACGGCCUUCCAGAGUAACCACAGCUUCCACCCCCAUACCUUUCCUGUACCUUUGAGGCCUGGCACCACUACAGGGACAGUAAGAAGUGGUUUGGCCUCUGCUGAAAACCACUGUUUCAAUCUCUCUGGCCUUUGCAGAAGAGACACCUGCAAGAUACAGGAUAUAAUUGGUGCCUACCGAAGACGGUGGAAAUGCUGUCGCCAGUGGUGGAUUCUUCUGCCAAUUCCAACGUCCAUUAUCUAUUCAGAUUAUCAACCACCCAUUAAGCAUAAAUUGAAAUGA